AUGAUUUUCGGCAAAGUUAAAAUGCUAGUUGUGCUUCUUCAAGCAGCAUUGCCGAUUUCUGGCCUUGCUACAGGCCACAACCAACUGUUAAUUACUUUGGAUAAUCCCCAACUGCCCAACUCCGUACUAGAAAACACGGCUGAUACUGUGCGAAACUCUGCCACCGAAUCGUUGGACCCAGUACUGGCCUUGAUUCAUCCCUCGAACACCGUACAACGUCUCAGAAAACGUUCAGUGAGCGAGUCUAUCAAGGAAGCCGAAGAUUGCUCAAUUUGUUACGAGCCUCUCAGAGAUGGCACUCCCAUCAAACCAUGGCGAGAAUGUGGACACCCUCUCCAUAAAUCUUGUAUGGAUCAAUGGUGUUUCUUUGCCGCUGAAAAAGCUUCAUGCCCCCUUUGCCGAUGCCCAUCCAAAGCGAAGCUAGCCUGGGAAGAACAGAGCAUGAACCUCGCAAGAACAACUUUUGUAAGCAGACCUGGAGAGGCAACUCAUGCACCAACCCAUCAUGGAGGUUCAGGAAGCCUGCCAUUCACAUCAUUCGCGGCUACUCACGGGCCACAAACCUAUGCACCGCCAGGCUCUGCACCCAUACAACAAGGACCCUUGUUUGGAGAACCGAUAUCGUUUGCGGCUACUCACGGGCCACAAACGUAUGCACCGCUAGGCUCUGCACCCAUACAACAAGGAGCGUCGUUUGGAGAGCCAAUAUCAUUUGCGGCUACUGACGGGCCACCAGCGUAUGCUCCGCCAGGAUCUGCAGUGGCACCCGGCGUGUCAUCAGGCUUUUCGACUCCACAAACACCGCAAAUGUUUUCACCACCAGGCUCUGCAGUCCUACAACAAGGGCAGUCGUUUGGAGAGCCAACUUAUGCGCCAUCCCAUCUGAUAUCGUUUGCGGCUACACAUGGGCCACAAAUGUAUGCAGCACCAGUCUCCGCAAUGCCAUCAGGCCUUUUGGAUUCACACUUUGGGCUGUCCUCUGCACUCAUACAACAAGGGCAGUUGAGUGAGCUUCCCAAGUGCCAUGUGAGUUACAGCUGUCUUGCUGCUUAA